UAUUUAGGUUGCAAAUGAGGUGCUUCCUUGCUAUAUCUCAUAGUGCCUGUCAUCUAUCCUUUUGGUAUAGUAGGAAUAAAUGCUGCCUAUAUUUAUUCACUAAAUGUAUGACCUCAUUUUCAAGUGAAGUUAACUUAGCUGUUAGAAUAGUUAUUGAAUAGUUUAUUCACAUCAAGAGUUCUAUAACAGUGAGUAUAACUAAAUUUUGAAACCGACAGCAGUGACUCCGAUGUGGCCCUAUCACCACCACACACCCAGCCAGCUAUGGAGGAGCAUGGCAUCAUGAGUGGCCUCCCUAACGAUUACGCCCUCGUCCACUUUCACCGAUUCCAACAGAUCAAGACAGCUACCAAACAAGUCUUUGAUGCUUUGGCCGAAAAUGGGGGUGGCAACCAAUUUGUCGUUGUUCUCGGUCUCCCCGAAACAGCACGCCGGCGACUCGAUACCGAAAAGAACUGUCUGGAUGGCAUCUCGUUUAGAUUCAUGUGGGAAAACUACACCGGACUAAUCAAAGUGAUCCCAAGUGCUGAGCAUGAUUUCACCACGGGCGCAAUUCGAACCCACCUUGAGCGCAUGUUUACUGGAAUGGGUAUCGCAAGAGACGAAGUAGGGUUUGCGAUGUCCACUACUCACAAGCCGGCUGUUGGGAACAGAGGCAAACAGGCCGACGAGUGUUUCUGGCCUCUCUCAAGACAGCCCCGACCUGGUCGAGCUCACGGAUGGCCCACUUUGGUCAUCGAGACUGGGGUCUCGGAGUCCUUACGAAGACUUAGGGAGGAUGCGUGCUGGUGGUUCCACAAUUCUCUUGGGGACGUUAGAAUUGUUUUGAUCGUAUGUAUCAAUCGUCGCACCCGCAAAAUUCUAGUGGAAAAGUGGCAGCUAGCACCUGCCGGCACGCCAAACCCGAUGACAAGGAACAUGCGGAUCCAACUCUCAAACCCGAACCAGCAACCCCCUCUCGGCCAGCAGCCUGUCGCCUCCCAGCAGCCCUAUGCGGCACAGGAGAUCGAAAUCAAUUCCGCUACGGUCCAAGGGGCCCCUCUCAUUCUGAAUUUCGAAGCUGUCUUGGAUCGUCCCCGACAGGGAAACGAAUCAGACCUUGUUUUCAAUACCAGUGACCUUCUUUACUGCGCCCGGAUGAUGAUUUGA